AUUACCGAUCACUCUGUUAUUAAAAAUAAAUAAAAAUACGAUAUUUCAUUGGAUAAGGCUUUUUCUUCUGUUCUUGGUGGAACAACCUUGGACGGUGUAACAAUGGCUUCCUCAGUUACUUCCUCUUUUUGUAUAAGCAAUUUGAAGACUGUUUUCGUGGGUGAGACAAAUAAGCUCAGAGUUUCUAGUAUUCCUGGUGCUCAAGCUGGUUUCGUUAGAAAAACUGUAGAAUGUAAGGAAUCAAGAAUUGGGAAACAACGAAUUACAGUGCCAUCAAAUGUUACGGUAAAUUUGGAAGGACAGGAUAUACAAGUUAAAGGUCCUUUGGGAGAACUGGCAUUAACUUAUCCUCGAGAAGUGUUGGUUGAGAGGGAUGAGUCUGGGACUAUAAGGGUUAAAAAGGCAGUUGAAACCAGAAGAGCCAAUCAAAUGCAUGGGCUUUUUAGGACUCUUACAAACAACCUGGUUGUUGGAGUAUCUCAAGGGUUUGAAAAGAAGCUUCAACUUGUUGGUGUCGGUUAUCGUGCUAUGGUAGAAGGAAACGCAGUGGUGCUGAAUCUUGGAUUUUCUCAUCCUGUAAAGAUGGAAAUCCCCAGUGGCCUCAAAGUGAAGGUGGAAGAAAACACCAGAAUCACAGUUAGUGGGUUUGACAAAUCUGAGGUCGGCCAGUUUGCUGCUUCUAUCAGGAAAUGGAGACCCCCAGAACCAUACAAAGGAAAGGGUGUCAAAUAUGCUGAUGAAAUUGUAAGGAGAAAGGAAGGAAAAGCAGGGAAGAAGAAGUAAUGGGUUUUUUUUUUUCAAUUUUCCUUUUUCAUUUCUCUCCUGUUACUUUCCUUCAUUUGUUAGUAAUGGAAAUGUUAUAUAUACCAAGAGAAACUCAUAUUCUUUGAGAUAAGUUUGAGUCCCUUAUGCUUAUGAUGAUACUUAAUAGCAUCGCAAUCAUGAACUGUGAUUAUAGCGUGAUAA